UGUUUUUCCACAACUUGUUGCACCACCCCGUCAUUCAUCCACAGCUUCUCUGCGGUGAAAAGAAAUCUGGAAAACAUGUCUGCGCUCAACAGGAAAAUCACCAACACCACAUCAGCCCCGGCUGCCAUCGGUCCAUACAGCCAGGCGGUGGUUGUGGACAGAACCAUGUACAUCUCCGGGCAGCUUGGGCUGGACGUGGCCUCUGGUCAGCUGGUAGAUGGAGGCGUGCAGGCUCAGGCCAAACAGGCGCUCAUCAAUAUGGGGGAGAUCCUGAAAGCUGCCGGCUGUAACUACGGCAACGUGGUGAAGACGACUGUGCUGCUCGCAGACAUCCAGGACUUCAACAGCGUCAACGAGGUCUACAAGACAUUUUUCAGCAGUAACUUUCCUGCCAGAGCUGCCUAUCAAGUCGCUGCUCUCCCCAGAGGUGGACUGGUGGAAAUCGAGGCGGUUGCUGUUCUCGGUCCUCUCUCUGACUCCUGACUGGCCAGCCGCCCCACAAACAAGCUGUAGCCUAAACCGCCCUUAUAGCUGCAUCGCCGGAAACCUUAUUGUGUUUCCAGAUGACACAUCAAAGGCCAAACUGGGAUCUUGUUAACUCUCACUGUGGCUGGUCGACUGCACUGCUGAACUGGAAACCUUUACGUUUACCCUUCACAAAAGAGCAGCACUUAAUGGUUUGAGGCUGAUUGUAAUUUCACACCCGAUAAACGGUACAUGAGACAGAACGUAAUGAUGAAUUGCAUCCUAAUGCCUUUCCUGGUUUGAUUACUCGUCCUCUGUUUUGCUCCAGAUAAACUGACAGAAAAGCAGUUCUGGCUAAUAAAAUGAUUGUUUUCCACCUUAA